AGCAACGCCCUAGCAACGGAUGCGCGCGCACGCAUCGCACGCACGCGGAACGCAGAGUGACGCUCGCGGCCGGAGUGACGGUUUACUUUCAAACCGGCAUUUCUUUCCCCCCCUCUCUCUGCGCUCGCCGUGUGCACUCCCCUCUCUCGCCGUGUGCACUCCCCUCUCUCUCUUCUUGUUUUUUUAAUAUCUUUUUUUAUCCGGAAAAAAGGAUCCCGCAAAGAUGGCGGCGGCCGCCUCUGCACCGCAGAAGCGUUAUUACCGGCAGCGUGCUCACUCCAACCCCAUGGCGGAUCAUGUCUUCCAGUAUCCAGUGAACCCUGAAAGAAUGGAUUGGUCUCAAUACUACCCUGAGUACUUCAAACCACGCCCUGAAAACAACCAUCAUGUUGAUAGCAAAGAUCUUGUAACUGGAAAAAAAUCACAAUUUCGGGUGGAAUUUGCAGACGUAGGUUGUGGAUAUGGCGGGUUACUAGUUGAGUUAUCUCCUCUCUUUCCCAAUGUGUUGAUGCUUGGUCUGGAAAUCCGAGUGAAGGUAUCUGACUAUGUCAUAGAUCGCAUUGACUCUCUGAGAGCUUCCAACCCUGGAAAGUACCAGAACAUCGCUUGCAUCAGAAGCAACGCAAUGAAGUAUUUACCAAACUUCUUCCAAAAAGGGCAGCUAAGCAAGAUGUUCUUCCUUUUCCCAGACCCACAUUUCAAAAAGACGAAGCACAAGUGGAGAAUUAUUAGCUCCACUCUGCUGGCUGAAUACGCUUAUGUACUGCAUGUUGGGGGUCUUGUUUAUACAAUUACAGAUGUGCAGGAAGUGCAUGAAUGGAUGCUGAAACAUUUCACAAAUCACCCACUUUUUGAACAUGUCCCAUUAGAAGAAUUGAAAGAUGAUGUGAUUGUUGAGCGUCUCAGUGCAUGCACAGAGGAAGGCAAGAAGGUGCUGAGGAACAGAGGUCAGAAUUUCACUGCUGUGUUUAAACGGGUUGACGAAAAAUCAUAAGUCAGAAAUCUGAAGAGGAAAAUUCCUGAAAGCAGCACUUCUUGCUGACUGUUGUAAAAAAAAUGCAUAAAUUGGAACAAACUGGACACAUGUACAAACAACACGUGGCUGCGGAGAUUGUGUGAAGAGAAUGUCCCACAUCUUUAAACCUAUUUAAAUCAAAAGGAAAAUAUACCAUCCGGAGUCUUCAAAGAAAAGCCAGGAGUUGAUAGUUUUAUAUACAAGGCUAUACCAUAAUGAGUUGAUAUUUUGAUGUGUUGGUUCACAGUGAAAGCAUCAGUUUGGAAAUCUGUAGCCAUCAAAUGACAUUUUUAUUUACUCUUUGUGUCUAUUUUGAAUUUUAACCACAGCAAUAAAUGAGAGGUAUAUCAUUAAAAAUGUUAUGCAAUAUGAAAAUCCUGCAGAAGGCAGGCCUUGGCAAUAACUGCUGCUCAUUUUAGUAGCUGCAGAUUCUUCACGUGGUUGAGGCUGUGCUUCAGUUUUAAGAAGAUCCUCAAUCCUAACCACACUUCCAAACUGUUGCACAGGUGAGGACUCACCAAGACAAACAUAAGUGGAGCUCCUUAUUAGUCCUGCCUAGUAUUGCUGUAUCAUUUUCCCUCACAUAGUGGAGUGUGAAUUCUGGAGACAUUACAAUUGUAGUUAUCUGGGAAAACUAAUUGUGAACUGAAUAUUUUUUGCUGUAAAUGUAUUACGGAUAUAACUGAAUUAAACAUCAUAAGGAUCCUGGUGAUUCUGAGAAUCGACCAUAUUGAUCCUUACUGGCAUGAAUCAAA